GCUCGCUCCGCUGACGGCGGGACCCUUUCGCAUGGGGGAUCCCGGCAACGUCAGUUUAUUAUUCAUCCAACUCUGAUCCUCGCCAGUCUGACCCAGCCUUGAGUGAGAUCAAAGACGCCUGGACCAGAUUCGCCCCCUUUAUGUCAUUGCACACUAUUUCUAUUUCUCCCUUAUGCUUCUUUUUUGUCUUUUCCUCUAACAUAUAGUUUCAAGGCAAACGUUGCAAUCCUCCGGAUCUCGGCGCGCGGCAAAAGUGCUUUUUCUUAGUCUCAUACACAAAAAGGAACAUAAUGUCUUCUGACUCACUGCUUCCGCCACGAGUGUUGGCAGUUGCAAGCCAUGUUGUCUCAGGCAACGUGGGAAACAAGGUCGCCGUCUUCGUGCUCCAAUCGUUGGGAUUCGACGUCGCUGCCCUGAAUACGGUGCAGUUCAGUAAUCACACGGGCUACAGACAAUGGACAGGAACGAGGGCCACGGCACAGGAGAUUACCGAUCUCUACAACGGUCUAAAGCAGUCGUACCUGGAUGACUUUGACAUGAUGCUCACUGGCUACAUCCCGGGCGCAGAGGGAGUCACGGCGGUGGGUACGAUUGCAAAGGGACUCAAGGAGAAGUUCCAGAAUUCCCCGGGCAAGUUCUUCUGGGUGCUGGAUCCUGUCAUGGGAGACAAUGGAAAGCUAUAUGUGGCGCCGGAGGUUGUGCCUGCGUACAAAGCUCUUCUCCCAUAUGCGGAUCUGAUACUGCCGAACCAGUUUGAAGCCGAACAACUCUCAGACGUCAAGAUUGUAGAUAUGGAUAGCCUCACUCAAGCCAUCCAGGUCCUCCAUGACAAGUUCAACAUCCCUCACAUCAUCAUCACCUCAGUCAGCUUCACAACCCCGGGCCACCCGCCCUCGCACCUCACCGUCAUCGGCUCCACCAUGACCUCAGACCGCAAGGCCCGACCCUUCAAAAUCGUCUUCCCGUCCAUAGACUGCUACUUCUGCGGCACGGGCGACAUGUUCGGCGCCCUCAUCACAAGCCGCAUUCGAGAGGCCGCCAACGCCGUUCCUGGCUUGAGCAGCCGCGCCAGCUGGCUUAGCGACGACGAUGUUGCAGCGACGGAUCUGCCGCUGGCGAGGGCGGCGGAAAAGGUGCUGGCUAGCAUGCAUCAGGUUUUGGCUAACACGCGGGAUGCGAUGCCGGAGGUGAUGGAGAGGACGUGGGCUUUGCUGCGGCCGGAAGAUAGGAAUGACGAGACCAAGGCGCAUUAUGUCAAGUCGAAGGCGGCGGAGCUGCAGUUGGUUACCAAUUUGGAUAGCCUGCGGACCCCGAGCGUAUCAUUUUCGGCGACGAAGAUUUAGAUCGGGGGGUUGAUACAAAACAUCAAGGAAAAAGGCGAAUUGGACAUAGAUGGAAGGGUGAGGCGGG